AUGGGGAACAUCUCGUAUGGCAAAGAUAAUGCAACCAUGAAGAGAAAUCAGAGCGCUGCGGAGCUAGCUAAUGGCUUUUCAAGAUUCAUUAACAAGAUGCCUCAGAUUGAACAGAUUCUCAGGAAGGAGAUGGCGAGCAUAGAAGGUGAAGAGAGAGGAGCAAAGAAAAAAGAGGAGAAGAGCAGUUCUCUUCCCUUUUACAGAUUAUUUGGUUUAGCAGACUCCAUUGACAUAAUCCUCAUGAUCCUCGGCACAGCUGGAGCCAUAGCCAAUGGAGCAGCCAUGCCUAUCUGUAUGCUUCUAGGAGGGAAAAUAACUGAUUCUUAUGGAGCUGGUGAUGUCAAUGAUGUUGUUCAUAGAGUUUCCAAGCUGACACUGCAAAUGUUCUACAUGGCAAUUGGAUCAGGGCUUGCAUCCUUUCUCCAGGUAACUUGUUGGAUGGUCACUGGGGAAAGGCAAACAGCAAGAAUAAGGAGUAUUUACUUCAAAGCCAUAUUAAAACAAGAGAUUGCGUUCUUUGAUUUGGAAAUAAGCACAGGAGAAGUAAUCGAAAGAAUGUCAGGGGACAUCAUCCUCAUUCAAGAAGCCAUGGGCGAGCAGGUAUUUAUUCUUACCGAAUUCAUUGUUGGAAAGUUCAUCAAUCUAAUAUCAACAUUCCUUAUUGCCUUCGUUGUUUCAUUCGUUGAAGGAUGGUUACUCACAUUGAUCAUGCUGUCUACAAUUCCACCUAUGGUUGUUUGCGGUGCUAUUAUGGCAAUUGUUCUAUCCAAGAUGUCUUCGAAUGAACAAAAAUCAUAUAUCAAAGCUUCAGAAAUUGUAGAACAAACUAUAAGCUCAAUAAGAACAGUAGCAUCUUUUACAGGGGAGAAACUUGCUAUGCAGAAAUAUAAGAAGGCUUUAAAUGGUGCAUAUAUUUCUUGUAUUUAUGAGGGACUGACUACUGGGUUAGGUGCUGGGCUUACUUAUCGUCUAGAGAUUUGCAGAGCUUUAGGUCAGGCAUCUCCAUGCUUGAAAGCAUUUUCAGCCGGACAAGCAGCAGCAUACAGAAUAUUUGAGAUUAUCAACAGAAAGCCAGAGAUCGAUGCAUAUGACUCAACGGGUAAACAAUUAGAUGACAUUCACGGUGAUAUUGAAUUCAAAGAAGUUUAUUUCAGCUAUCCAACCAGACCAGAUGAACAAAUAUUCCAAGGGUUCUCUCUUUUUAUUCACAGUGGCACCACUAUAGCAUUGGUUGGAGAGAGUGGUAGUGGGAAGUCAACAUUAAUAAGUUUGAUUGAAAGGUUUUAUGACCCACAGGCAGGUGAAAUCCUCAUUGAUGGAAUAAACAUAAAACACUUCCAACUUAGAUGGCUAAGGGGGAGAAUAGGGAUCGUGAGCCAAGAGCCAAUUCUCUUUACCUCAACCAUUGGGGAAAACAUCUCGUAUGGCAAAGAUAAUGCAACCAUUGAAGAGAUCAGAGCAGCUGCGGAGCUAGCUAAUGCUUCAAGAUUCAUUAACAAGAUGCCUCAGGGGCUAGAUACCAUGGUUGGUGAGCAUGGUUCUCAACUAUCUGGAGGACAGAAGCAAAGAAUAGCACUUGCAAGAGCCAUACUGAAGGAUCCAAAAAUAUUACUUUUAGAUGAAGCCACUAGUGCACUUGAUGUCGAAUCUGAACAAAUUGUGCAGGAGGCAAUUGAUAGCUUUAUGUUGAACCGAACAACUAUUAUAGUUGCUCAUAGAUUGAGUGCAGUAAGAAAGGCAGAUACCAUAGCAGUUAUGCAUCAAGGGUCCAUUGUUGAAAAAGGCUCAGCUUCUGAACUUGUGAAGAAUCCAAAUGGAGCUUACAGCAAAUUGAUAAAACUACAGAAGAUGAACCGAUGUUCCGAUAAGACAUCUGUACUUGAGGACAGAACAAAUAGUUUAUUUAAAGAAACAAGAUCUAAGAGUCACCGCAUGUCAUUCAAAGAGGAAAUUAGCAGAGAAUCAACAAUAGGGAAAAUCAGCAAACGCUACUCAUUCAAUGUAGAACUGGGUGAAUCAUCUCUUAUUCAUAGUAGCCGCCACCAUACAUUCAAAUUAGAACCUGAAGAAUCAUCCCCGGGCCUGGGGGGUAGUAGCCGCCGCUACUCAUUCAAAAUAGGUCUCGGUGUUCCAUUAGAAAUUAAGGUCCAGGGGGGUACAUCAGAGGAGCUCAAAACUACCAUUCCUGAUGAUAAAACAAAUGAUGUGCCGCUCCGCCAGCUUGUUUGCCUAAACAAACCAGAGAUUCCAGUAUUGUUGAUUGGUUCGGUAGCUGCAAUCAUCAAUGGAGUUGUCUUUCCCGUUCUAGGAAUAAUGCUUUCUAGCAUGAUGGUUAUUUUCUAUGAGCCACCACAUAAGAUGAAGAAGGAUUCUAAGUUUUGGUCAUUAAUGUUUUUGGUAAUUGCAGUAGUUUCUCUAUUAGCAGUACAAGCAAGGUCAUAUUUCUUUGCUUUAGCUGGUUCCAAGUUGAUAAGGAGGAUAAGAAUGAUGACUUUUGAGAAGGUUGUUAACAUGGAGAUGGCCUGGUUUGAUGAUCCUGAGAAUUUCAGUGGUGAAGUUGGUUCAAGAUUAUCCACUGAUGCAGCUAAAGUUAGAAGUAUUGUCGGUGAUAGACUCGGUCUGUAUGUUCAGAACGCUGCAUCUUUGAUUGCUGGUUUAAUCAUUGCCUUCGCAGCCAGUUGGGAGAUCUCUCUCAUUGUCUUGGGAGUGGUCCCCCUAGUUGGUCUCAAUGCAUGGAUUCAGAUAAAGUUCAUCAAAGGAUUCAGUGCAGAUGCAGAGGUCUGCCUCAACAUGUUUUUGGGGGCUAGCCAGGUGACCAAUGAUGCAGUGGGAAACAUAAGGACUGUUGUUUCAUUCUCAGCUGAAGAAAAGGUAGUUGAACUAUACAAAAAGAAGUGUGAUGAUCCCAUGAGAUUGGGGAUUCGACAAGGAGUCAUAAGUGGCAUCGGUUUUGGGAUUUCUCAGCUUUUCUUAUAUAGUGCUUAUGCUACCAUCUUAUAUAUGGGAGCUCGCCUGGUUCAUGAUGGGAAGUCGACAUUUGAGAAAGUCUUUAGGAUAUUUUCCUCCAACUUGAAUUACAAAAUGCUCGUUUAUGAUCCCUAUGUCGCCACAAUAAUUUUGUUCAUCUACUGCUUAAUUCCAUGGAAUGAAAUUUUGCAGGCUUUCUACGUCCUGGUCAUAGCAACAGUAGGAAUUUUUCAAUCAAACUCCCAAGGCCCAGAUUCCAGUAAAGCUAGAGCUGCUACAGCUUCUAUUUUUGCACUCAUUAACCGUGAAUCAAAAAUAGACCCAAGCAUUGAUUCUGGAAAAACCCUAGAAGUUGUUAAGGGUAAUAUCAAAUUUAACCACGUUAGCUUCAGGUACCCUACAAGACCUGAUAUCCAAAUUUUCCAAGACAUGUGCUUAGAAGUUCAAGCUGGAAAGAGUAUUGCAUUAGUAGGAGAAAGUGGGAGUGGUAAAUCAACAGCAAUAGCAUUGCUACAACGAUUUUAUGAUCCCGAUUCAGGACAUAUAUCAGUAGAUGGAAUAGACCUCCAUCAGUUUCAACUGAGAUGGUUGAGGCAGCAAAUGGGACUGGUAAGUCAAGAACCAGUCUUGUUUAAUGAUACCAUCCAUGCCAACAUUGCUUAUGGUAAUCAAGAUGGGAAAGCUACACAAGCUGAGAUCAUAGUUGCCGCAGAGUUAGCAAAUGCACACAACUUCAUAUGUAGUUUGCAGCAGGGUUAUGACACGAUGGUGGGAGCACGAGGAGUUCAACUCUCAGGAGGACAAAAGCAAAGAAUAGCAAUUGCACGUGCCAUACUUAAGAAGCCAAAGAUUUUACUUCUAGAUGAGGCAACUAGUGCUCUAGAUGCAGAAUCUGAGAAAGUUGUUCAAGAUGCAUUGGAUCAAAUUAUGAUUAAUCGAACGACAAUUACAGUCACCCAUCGACUUACUUCAAUUAAGAACAACAGUUUCAUUGCAGUUGUUAAAAAUGGGAAGAUUGUAGAAAAAGGAAAGCAUGAUGUACUUAGUAAUAAUAAGGAUGGGGUGUAUGCCGCAAUGAUAGCAUUCCACGCAAAUGCAUCACCGUAAGGUUUCAUUUCUUCUUCGAACACUAAUGGUUUUCCAACAAUAUGAGAUUUUCACAGAGAGAUAUACAUGGAUGCUACAUAGUAAUGCAAAAUACCAUCAUUACAAUUGUUUUUUGGCAUUUCUCGGUGACAUGGUUUCCAAAAUGUAUUUUUGAAACUUUCAAAGAAAAAAAGAAUUAAUGAAAUUUCUUUUGGUGGUUGGUCUUUGCAAUAAUUUUCUAAACAUUUGGUGCGAUUUCUGUUUUCCACUUUAUGUUUUUCCUCAUUUGAUUCAUUUCCAUCAUAUUCUACACAUGGAAAUUACGCCAUUUGGAAAUAUGGCAAGAAUAAGGGUACUUCAUUUCAUGUCUAUAGUUUAUCCUCAAGUAAUAGAACAAAUGUGCCUUAGUUUGCAUUUUUAUAUGUAAAGUGAAAAUAUCAUCAUCAUCUCCUUGUUUGGGGCAAAUA